UAUCGAUGGUGCUAGCUCAAUGUAGUAUAAUAAAUAUUUUUGAAAUAUAUUUUAAAAAAGUGAUAAAUCUUUAAGUUUGUAACAGUGUAUUUUAAAUAUGAAGUUUCUCGAUAAGAGGUAGAUAAAAUAUAACAAACAUAUUAAUUAAUGAAUAUGCCAGAAAUCGGAAAUCCUCUUGGACUCUUUCAUUUGUAAUUUUCAAUGGACACAAGGAGGAACAAAUUCCUCCAGGGAUAGUAACAUGGUCACUAUGAAUUCCGAUAAGGCUGCCGCUAAGCGCAAGCCAGAGGCUAAUAAUGGCGGUUGUACGGGAGUGAGUAACGAAGAACCAGUGUCCAUACAGCCAACCACCAAUACUGAGGAAUCUCCCAACCAUCUACUGUACAAAAAGAUGGAAAAAAUUGUGGAACAAAUGCAAGAUGAAGUUACGGGAGUACCGGUUCGCACAGUGAAAAGUUUUAUGUCAAAAAUACCAUCAGUUUUCACAGGAUCUGACCUCAUAAUGUGGAUGAUGAAAAAUUUGGACGUGGAAGACCAGCAAGAAGCUUUGCAUUUAGCACAUUUAAUGGCGUCCCAUGGUUAUUUUUUCCCCAUAGAUGAUCACAUGCUCACCGUAAAGAAUGAUAACACUUUCUACCGAUUUCAAACACCAUAUUUUUGGCCUUCGAAUUGUUGGGAACCUGAAAACACCGAUUAUGCUGUUUACCUUUGUAAGAGGACAAUGCAGAACAAGACUCGGUUGGAAUUGGCUGAUUAUGAGGCUGAAAAUUUAGCCAGGUUGCAAAAAAUGUUUUCCAGAAAAUGGGAAUUUAUUUUUAUGCAAGCGGAAGCUCAAAGCAAAGUUGAUAAAAAAAGAGACAAAUUGGAAAGGAAAGUGUUGGAUAGCCAAGAACGUGCUUUUUGGGAUGUGCAUAGACCGAUGCCUGGAUGUGUAAAUACUACAGAAAUUGACAUAAAAAAAGCAUGUCAAAUGAACAAACCCAUCCAUGGUGUAAAAAAUAUGUACCUUGUAACACCUCGAAUGUCUCCUUCAACUUCUGGUUUGCCACCGAAAAAUUCAACUGAGCAACUUAAGAAACAGAUCAUUCUCCUUAAAUCUAGACUGGACAGACGGAAUAUCAAAUUAUCGAAAGCCGCAGAAUCGUUUGUGGCAUAUUGUGAGCAAUAUUUAGAGUACGACAGUUUUUUUGUGGCACCGGAAUAUCCAAACCCUUGGAUAUCUGACAGCCCUGAUUUAUGGGAACAAGAAAAAAUGGCAAAAGACAUAUCAGCACGCAGAGUGAAACGGUGGGCUUUCAAUUUACAAGAAUUACUGCAGGACCCUGUCGGAAGGGAGCACUUCGUUCGAUUCCUCGAUAAAGAGUUCAGUGGAGAAAACUUGAGGUUUUGGGAAGCGGUCCAAGAAUUAAAGGCGUUGCCUCAAAGUCAAGUUCAGGACAGAGCAAAGGAAAUUUGGGCGGAAUUUUUAGCACCUGACGCAAGCUGUCCAAUUAAUGUUGAUGCGCGUUCGUACGAACUCACUAAGAAAAAUAUGGAGGUGCUCGACCGAUGGAGCUUUGACUGUGCAGCGGCACACGUAUAUCAUUUAAUGAAGAGUGACAGUUAUUCAAGAUAUUUGAGGUCCGAAAUGUACAAGGAGUUCUUGAAUGGAUCAAAGAAAAAGACUUCUGUGAAAGGGAUACGUUCAAUAGUUUCAUUUUCAGCACGAAAAGACAACGUAACUUAAGUAAAAAAAAAGUAAUCAGAACUGUAAAAUCUAUCGACAAUACUACAAAAAGGCAGCUACACUGGCAGCUUUUUAAAGUUUUUUGAUUCCCAGAACUUUGCAAAAUUGUUGUUAAACAGUUUGGUUUAUUUUGAGAGAUGCGAUUGAAAUAAAAUGAUAUUUAAAGAGAUAUUGGAAAAGUGGUUAUAGUGACCCAGUAUUGUUGUUAAUAGCAGAGAUUUGUGUUAUUUUGUUAUGUAAAUGUUGAUAUUAAAUUUUGUAAAUAACGAGGAUAUUAUUAAAUUGUAGCGAAUGAAUUAAAGUAGGUCUGUUAUAUCACAGGUCUGUGUUAACUUUGUUUAUUAAAGAAAAACCAUUGUGAUAAAAGCACAAAAUAAUAAUGUUCUUAAAAAAAUAAGAGACAACAUAAAAUAUAUAUUUAUAAAAAUAUAUGUGCGCCCUGUAUAUGUAAUUGUGUGUAUGUGUGAGAUAGGUUAUAAAAUUUUUCAUAAUACUGUGUCACUGUCACCCGGAUUUUAUUAUUAUUUAAAGUAUAUUUUAAACGCCUUAUCAGCGUGAGGUAAAUGCUAGGAAGACACUGCCAUUUUGAAUCAAAGGAAGGAGUUUCACAUUGCAGAUAGUCUGGGUUCUUACCCACAAUAAUUGUAGUACCUUUUUGACCAAUUUACCCUCGAUAUUUAUUUUUCUUCUAUUGGCGACAUUAUUUCCAUGACAAUCUAUAUAAAAAUGAAUUUACACUGAAUAUUUAAUAAAUCGUCUCUCAUCUGCUAAUAGAAAAUAUCCAUAUUUCUAGAUGCAAACAUUUAAUCUAACGAAUUUUAACAUCGAUAUGAUUAUAAAAGUUGCCAGUUUCCGAAAAAUAAAUGAGAGGGCAGUCAUUUAGUAUUUUAUGAUCAAUAGACAACAAGCGCACCAAACCCAUAAUUUUCUUAACAUCGUUUGCAAAUGUACCAAAAUAGCUUGUAGUAUAUUGAUUAAUAGUACUGCGUUAUAUGUAGGUUUAUGAAUGAAUUGCCAAAAAGAUUUGCAUUUCUUUUAAUUUUUUUUUGUGUGAAAAAGUAUAUCCUCAAGCUACUUAUUUACACCAUUGGAGGCUGCCAAAUGGCAGCCUAUCGGCAUAAUCUUUACAGUAAUACAUGGUGUACAAAUAAGCUUUAGAGAGUAUUAUUACGUUGUAAAGGAAUUGAAAACAUAUAAUUCUUUUGAGAAUUGUCCAUAAUUAGAAAAAUUACGUGAAAAUACAAAUAAAUUAUAUCGAAAUU